AUGACCUCCUUCAUUCGAACAUUCGCUCGAGUAUGCCCAAGUUCUGGUCUCACGAAGAGGAGCUUGUUCGUUUUCUCCCGUUACGCUUUUAAUACACCCUCCAAGGUUUCUCCAACUGGUCCCCUCGCUCAUUCCCAUAUCCUCCGGCCUUUCCACACCUCUCCUGCUACCUCAGCGACUAUGAAUCAAGCUAUGAAACGCAAAAAGAAACCCCUGCGUAGGACCGCCCUAACGGCCUCCCCUUUACUAGAGAGAUGUCCACAGAAAAAAGGCGUUUGCACUCAGAUAAUGAUUCGGACACCAAAGAAACCCAAUUCAGCCAAGCGGAAAGUUGCGAGAGUCAAGUUAACGAAUGGAGAGUCGGUCAUGGCGUAUAUUCAGGGAGAGGGACAUAAUUUGCAAGAGCACAGUGUUGUGUUAGUUAGAGGAGGUCGUGUGAAGGAUUUGCCUGGAGUGAAAUACCAUCUUGUUCGUGGGGCCUUGGACUUUGGUGGUGUACCUGGGAGGAUGACGGCUAGAAGUAGAUACGGGGCGAAGAAACCGAAGAAGUAG